AUGGCUAGAAAACGUGAGCAUCUUGGAUUAAGUUAUUUGGAAGAACUGAGUAUAUUUAAGGAGCGUGAGAAUAUAUGUAAAGAAUCUCGACGGGAAUUUCUGAAGUUUAAGCAAGAAGCAGCAGUUGUUCACAGUGCUCAGAAUAAACCUACAUUGGAGGUGACACCAGCAGAGGAAUCAUCUGACAUACAGCUGUAUUCUUGCCUAACCUCAAGGAGUCCAUCCCUGCUCCCUGAAUCCCUUUUUGAAGAGGAUGAUUCUAAAUCCCCCCCAAAAGUACUCAAGAAGGAAAAGCAAGCGGAAGAUGUCACAACCCAUCAGAAGAAGUUUCCUGAGAAAGAAGUCAGGCCUGGCUCUGGAAAGGCAGUUCCAGAAUGCAAAAGUGAUAGUAAAGAACAUAAAAGUAAAAAAAGGCCAGUAGCAAUAACCUCCUUAGUCGGUACCAGUAAGCAACUCAGUUUAUUAAAGAAACCAGAGCCCACACCCAAACCCAAAUAUCCAAAGGUUGUCCGUCCAAAAGUACUGCUCCCCUCUCCCAUCCGUCUACCGAAAGACAGUACUUAUAGUGAGAAGCCAGAGCAAGAAGAUGAUGCUGAACUUGACGUUGCAGGACCCAUCAAGUCAUUUCCUCAGGGUUCCCCCUUGAGUAAAAAGCACCCUAAAAUUGGUAAAGAAAUGCCAAAGUCAAGUGUAUUGAGUUCACUCUUAGACUUGGACAAAUCACAUCGUAGAAAAAGCAGCAUCCCACCUGGUGUGAAAUCUGCUCCACAUUCUGGGGAAGGAACUCAUUCUCGUAGGGGAACAAAGGCACAUGUGAGGCAAUCCAUACAGAGUAACUCACAGAUAUGUAUUUCUGUUCAAAAUGUGCCUUCGACCACUAGAAUUGUUCGACGGUCUAUCGAUGAAAUAAUUGCAUCCCUGAAGUCUACUGCUCCAACUGAGUCAGACAUGAGGAUCAAAGAACUCCUACAGAGCAUUCUUGGCCAUGAUUACAACAUACAAAUUAAUGUAGGUAAAGUAGAGCAAGUUGACCAUAGUUGA